AUGGCGGUUGACGGCCUUGAGAACUACGCUCUUGUUGAGUUGUCUGCCCUUGCAGUAUCAAACAAGGCAUCAGUGCAAUCACUUCGGUCCCUUUCGCAGAACAAGCUGUUCCAGGAGUUACUAUCAAGCGACGCACCCCCGGACCUGACACUACUGGAUGAGCCCAUGGAAUAUAUCCGCAACUUCACAAGCGACUUCCAGCACCAUCUUAUCGAGCACACUGAUGCGCUUUCCAAGUCUUCUGCAGCAGCCGAGAUCCUCAAGAAGGCGUUUGCGGGCGAGAAGCAUUUCGAUUUCACCCCUUUCCUAAGCCAGCUAGCAGAAGACGAUCUUGUGGCAUUCGCGAACAGCAAGGCUCUGAGACACCUGAAGACAGCCAACCUCUCUGGCAUCGGUUCAUUCCUCGAAGCCUGCCCAACCGCGGCUGCUAUCGUGGAACACGUCAAACUUGACAGCUUAUAUUUGCUUACUCGCCCAGAUCGUCGGACUGAGGACCCGUCCGAGAUGGUGGAGGUUCUUACAAAUGGUUCCAACCAACCUCUGGUAAGCCAGAGGCUUGUGCUGGGCUCUGCCUUCUCCCGAAGUCUCCGACGAACGAACGAGACCAAUUGGAAAGCCGCCCUCCCUGGAACCGGCUACUGGAAGACUUUUCCCGUAAUGCAGCUACUUUAUCACGGCCCGACGGAGUUCAAGGGGAUCCAGGGCAGUCGGGAAAAUGGGCCCUGGUUGUCGGGCUUCUUCCUGUGCGACGGUCUUCUCACGCCAGUCCGCUUUGUCACCGGUCUCCUCAACGUCGUCAAGGGCAGGUCCAAGGAGCCCCGCCAAGCCGGAAACGGGAAUGGACAGCUCGACGUUCCUCUGAAUUUUGCCUGCGCCCCUUCUACCCUCAAAACCUUCACAUUUUCGAUUGAAGUGAGCCCCAUACCAUCAGAGGCCUUGUUCUGCGCCAGAUCGGAGUAUUACUCGUACCCUAAGAAACGGCCGACCGGUUCGAUCCGGGACAUUCACCCCAAGGGUUGGACUGCGGUCAUGGUCCACACGGCCGCCAUGGACCCCCAGACGCUCCGCCAGGUGCCGGGCUCAGCUCGAUUCCGAGUGGCAUUGGUGCGCUCCAAGGCCCGCCCUGUACCUCUCAGGCGCUCCACGAUCGACCCGGGCGAGCUCGAGGUCGUCGAUCUGAAGGGAUUCCUGGAGCUGGCUGCGCCGGAGCAUGCAGAUGACCUUGAGGCCUGUCUGUCAGGGCUUACUGCCUGGGCCCAGACCGAUGACGAUCUUGUCAGCAAGCUGACAGUAGACGAAGUCGUUACGACGUUGCAGGCUUUUGUGGACGGGGCGGAUCAGUAG